GAGAUUAAGAUAUAAUUAUGUCGAUUACUGUUACAUUAUAAUUAGUGAAUUGGUAUUAGUGUGUCGCUGAUUGUUGCAAAAUGAAGACUUUGGCGUUGACUCUUUUGUGUGUUGUGGCUGCCGCUCAGGCACGUAGCACUGGCUCCAACAGCGCCAGAUGGAGUCGUGCGGAAGCUGGCGCUGCUCCCUCAUUGGUCCACCUGCGCCUCGCCGUGUUCACCAGCGGCCUCCUGAACACCUGCGCCGGCAGCAUCAUCGACCAAAGAUGGCUGCUCACCUCCGCUAGCUGCAUCUCACCGGCCCGUUUUAUCUGGUCCCGCUUCGGGGCCGUGGACGUCAUCCGCCCUGAGCUGGUGUUGGAGACGAGCACAGCGAGCAUCAACGUCCAUCCCAACUACAACGCCACCACUGGAGCCAACAACAUCGCCCUCGUCAGCCUUAACAGAAACGUUGAAUUAAGUGACAACGUCAACGUUACCGUGUUGGCUUCAGAAGGCGCAGAGCUUCCAUCAUCUGGCUCCUUCUACGCGUACGGACAGAACGAGGCUGGCGGUCCUGGAGAACAGCUCCGUGGUAUUGAUGUAGAGAUCCAGUCGGGUGAGGAUGGUGCUAUUGUCGCUUCCAUCGAGGCCUCCGCAUUCGACAUCGGAGCACCUCUUAUUGUCGAUGGUGUUCAGUAUGGUAUCCUGGUUGAUCCAGCUUCCGGCACAUUCCUGAACCCCGCUCUGUACAGAGGAUGGAUUGAAGAGACCGCUGGCAUCUCCCUGCCUGGCGGCGACUCUGCCUCAGAUGAAGACUCAUCUUCAGAUGAAGAUUCAUCUUCGUCUUCAUCUGAAUCUGAUUCAGAGUCUUCUGAAGAGGUCGACGCUGUGAAAUUCGUCAACUAAAGUGGGAAAUCCCCAAGAUAUUGUAAAAUAAUAUCCCCUUUUUCCUCUGAAGAUCACGAGGACGUAAGAUUAAACUAAUUAUUUCUUUC